AUGGCUAUCCCCAAUCUUGACUCCCUGGUUGUCGUCGUUCAUUUAUUUGGGGACCUUGCUAGUGUGACCUCUGCGCUGCCAGAGAACAGUGGUCGCCGUCUCCCCAAGAGCGCCGGAGAGAUCGCCCUUUUUAAUCAAAUAGUAGGUUUCCGGAAGCCUAUGAACCGAGAACUCACUAAUGCUAGUGAAAUGCAGACAGUGGAGCAUGGCGAUAUAGCUUUGUAUCUCAAUCAGCAACCCAACGACAUCACUAAGGGUUUCAUGUUCGGGAGCGACCCAAGAUCGUGUGAUGUUCUAUUAGCGAAUACCAAAGACACCGGUAUCAGUGCAAACCAUUUUUCGAUCCAUAUCGACUGGGUUUCUCGAGAUCCAAUGAUCACCUGCUUGUCAGGUAACAAACUCCAGGUCAAGGUCACUGAUACGAGGACAACUCAAUACCUUGCCAAGAAAGAAUGGCGAAAUAUGAGGCCUGGCACCACUACGAAUGUCCACGUUACUAACACACUAGGUGUAUCACUGUUCAAUCCAGUUCGGGGGAACCUACAAGCUAGAUACAAUGGAAACUUGCAAGACUACUUUUUGGAGUUCAAGAAUUCGGUGCCUGAGCUGGCCAACAUCAGCCUUCGCGACGAGGAGGUGACUCCUCUCAUUCUGGACCGCUGUGCAGGCCUAGAGGGAAAGGAAUACUAUACCACUGGGAGGAUUGAAACAGGGGAUCCUAUUUACGACACCAAGGUGUUCCUUUACGACGCGAAGUUCAAGCCGACACCAGACGCUCUUGCGACGACCCAAGAAGUGGCAGUAAUCAACAAUAAGGAGCCCAAUCACUUUUUGGAUGCCAAGGGGUAUGAAGACAUAGAAGACUGGAGAUUGCAGGAAACGGAGGGCGGCCGACCGGGCGAAAUAUGCGUCGUCAAACACUUCCGAGACAAGAAGAAUCUGUGCAACUUACCCUCUCGAUUUCCAGAGCUAUGUUGUUUGAGCCAUGUGAGUGCUCUACAGCCCGGACGUUUUGCCAUUUAUGCUGAACUCAAUCGCCAGUUUAACAUUGAAGAGUUUUUGGAUCUCAUCACGGAGACUUCUGUGUUCAUGACUGUUACUGAACCUUUCUCCCGUACCACCCUACAUGCGCUACACCAAGAGGAACCGUUGAACACAAUCGAGGCCGGAUUCGUGCUGGGACAGACCUUGGCGGCGUUGGAAUAUCUACAUAACCGACAGUGGACUCAUGGUAACCUUGACCCACGCAGCAUCCAUGUCAUGUCCAGAAAACACUUGUGGAUCAAAUUGACAGAUAUUGCGCUCUCUGACUAUGUCGAUUUGGGAAAGCCGAACGGCUACCAUGACACCUAUGCUUCUCAGCGUUCAUCCCAAGCCGACAAAUCCCCAGCGGACAUUUGGUCAGCGGGCGUUGUGGCGUUACACCUUCUCUUUCCUUACGGUUUCCCUCCCCGCAACAACAAUGAACAGAACAAGUGGGUUCUAAAGCUCGCACGCUUCGCCGCGAACAGGAACCGGAAGUAUAGCAAUGACGCAACUGCAUUCGUACGGAGGGUGCUCAGACACGAUUCCGAUGAGCGGCCCACGGCAACGGAGGCACUCGAACACCCGUGGAUUUUACAAAACAGAAGAGAGUCACCCGUUGACAGCCCCCAUUAUAGCUUUCCCACUCCCCAGGUAUCGUGUCAUACGGGUGUGGGACCUUCGGAUGCUUCCAGCAGACAAGGCUCAGCCGCCACUUCGAAUUCGUCCAUUCAUGGCGAUUUUGCGCCAGGUUCCCGCCACACGAGCGCAGGACCCUCCCGUCGCUCCAGCACACAAGGCUCCUCCACUCGUUUGAGGUCUACUGCAGUGGAGGAUUAUGCCCCAGGAUCCCGCCAUACAAGCGUGGGAGCAUCUCGCAGACACAGCUCAGUUGCUUCUUCAAACAAUGCCACUGGUGGCUUACAUCACCAAAAAUACGACCCUACAAGUAGAGCAGCGUCCAAAAGCCUCAGCAGGCAGAGUUCAACCGACCCGACCAUUCGAGCUUUACUGGAGUCGCAUCCCUACCCAGGAGACGAUUACAACGACUUCGAAAGCGAGAAUCGAAGCACAACAUCACGAAACAGCCGCUUUACUGCCAACUCGCUCGCUCGAUUGGCCCGUGCGCCCACACCAUCCGAAUCUGACGACAAUAAGAGUGCGCCAAUCUCCAGCCAUCCAAAGCGAACACGCAUCGACAGCAUCACAAAGCAGCCGCUUCACUGCCAAUCCGCUCGCUCGAGAGCCCAAUUCACACGUACACCAUAUGACUCUGAAGACGAAUCAGGCAUGCCAGGCAGACUGGGCUCCUUGCGCUCGCAGCCUCGCAGUAGUGGACGUAGAUCCCCGGCCGUCGAUAACAAACAUGGUGGGCCGGGCCCCUUGCGCUCCCAACCUCGCAGUGGUCGGGGUAAAUCCCCACUGAGUGACUGGGCAACGGGCACAUUUGGACCGGUAGAGGGUCAGGGAGAGGCCGUGAUCGAAGAAGAUAGUGGCGAGGAAACAGCGACGGAUGAGCGCCGUGGGCGGGUUACAAAGAAGCCGCGCAGGGAUGCAGUCGUCCCUCCGCUGGAGAGGAACCUGAGGUCUCGCGGAAAUGGCAGGCGCUGA